AUGGAGUCCGAUCUUCAUCUUUCUCUCUCCCCCAGUUUCAACAGUUAUUGCAAUGUUAAUCUCGCCAUUGUUGAUAGAGUUGUCAAUGAACUCAAAACACAUUCCAAUUCAAAAUUCCAAAAUUCAUCUCCAGCACAAGAACAGAAAGAUCAAAUCUUCAAUGAUUUCGAGUUUUCCUCUAUUUCUAGAGAUUCCAUUUCCUCUCCAGUUUCCGCUGAAGACAUCUUCCAUAACGGCCAGAUCCGUCCUUUAUUCCCAAUUUCGAAACAAGAUCUGUACUUUAGCGUCGACGAAGUAAAACCCGAUUGUAAAAAGUCCUCAGUUAGAAGGAUUCCGCUAGGCCAACUUUUCAGCGAAGAUCGAGAUCCUCCACCGUCAUCUUCUCCCGAGAAGGAGAAUGAAGAUUUCAAGGCUGUUUCCAUGGAUCGAACAUCAUCAUCAAGUAGGAACGAGAAGAGAUGGAGGUUUCGUAAUAUCCUACAGCGGAGCAAUAGCGAAGCGAAGGAAAGUUUCGUCGUUGUAUCUCCUAAGCGUAGUCGAUCGAAGAACCAGAACUUUACUCUUGAAUCGCCGAAAGCGAGUGUGGAUAAGCGCAGAGCAAAGUUUGGUAAUGUUGAAGCCGUGACAUCGUCGCCGCCGCAAGAGGCCGUAUUACAUUUGAGGAAUAGACCGGGGAAGGAGGCGGAUCGGAGGCGAUCGUUCCUUCCUUACAGGCGAGACUUGAUCGGUUUCUUUGCUAACGUUUAUUGA